UUCAGACUUAUUAUUUCUAUGGUACAGAAGAAGAAAAUGCAAAUUUGUUUUAUUUGCAAUACAGUCACAGUCUUCAUUUCAUAAAUUUUCUAAUUAUGGAAGAUGACUACUAUUUGGAGUAUUAAAUAUAUGAUGAUUUUGCCUAUUAUAACUGCAUAAUUCAAAACUAUAUAUAUGCAAUUUUUGAGCAUUUUAAUUAUCUGAACAUUAUGGAUGGUACUGAUGUUAGAAAUGGUAGAUCUAGAUCUACGACCCCAUUUACUCUAGCAGACCCUAAUGGUGAUUUCAUUGCAAAAGAAAGCUAUAUGACAAGUAGUAGUGAGAGAACUACAAGAAGGAUGACGGCCUUAAGGUCGAAAAAAAUCUUUUCAUCUGGGGAAGUCUCAUCAUUUAUGGAAAAACCAGUUAGAAAAUCUACUCGCUCAGAAAGGAGUACAAGAAAGUGGUUUAAAACAUCUGAUUACUCUUCUGAAGAUGGAGAAAAUGAGAUUACUUCAACUCAGAAUGAAAAAAAUCAGUUGGUUGAAGAUGCGAGAGUAGCAGCAAAUGGCAGUCACGAAGUAUCAGCAUUGAAUCUAUAUAAGAAGUCUGGAAGAUAUUGGGACGUUUAUCCAAAAACAGACUGGACGUAUUCACUACACUCUAAGGAUCGGAUAGAACUAGCACCAGGCAUUGUUGCAAUGCCCAAUAUGUCCCGCAAAACAAUACACUCAGUCCAGUCUGCCGAGGGUUCACAUGAAUUUGCUCAUAAAGAAACGAAUACAGAGGUAUUGUCCCGUUAUAAUGAGUCAAAAUCGUUCGGGGAAUGUAUUCCCAGACAAUUAUUCAAUAGUAAUUAUAAUAAUGAGAACAAAUCCUACAAGAGGACCAGCUUUAUACACCAUCAGUGGACUCUACUGAAAAGGAUAUGUGUCUCAACUUUCACAUCCAUCAUUACAACUUUGUACUUCAUAUUCAGAAUCCAAACCAAUUGUUUUGCAACGUUGCAUACAUUUACAAGCAGAAUUAUGCUCAUGGAUACGUGGCUAUUGUGGAAAAAUGGAACAGGAAAUAAAACUUCUAGACUGGUUACUCUUUGUCUGGUUCCCUUAUUGUUAUUGGGAGGUUGUUGCCUUUUAAAGGACCUUGGCCGAAUUCUUCAAGAGGCCUAUUCCAACACCACCUCCAUCAAGUCGCUUUAUCCUGAGAAUAUGCUUCUUUAUCCUGGGAACUCUGUGCCUUCACAAAGAGAUGACAACAUUGCAUUAAAUGAACCCUUAGUGGAUAGCCAAGUUGGGAUACUUCAAAAAGGCCAUAUGGCUUUUUCUUCUGCUGCUGAGUUGAAUUCCGAAUUGACUGACAAACAAUUUGAAAUGAUAUAUCAGUCUCUGAAUGAAAAAUAUAACGUCGACGAAAUGCUAAAAGAAAGUCUUGCUCGUAAAAACUUGCUAACAAGUCAGCAAAAAAUCAUUGAUGAUCUUCAAAACGAAAUUUAUAAAUUGAAACAAGAUAUGCAAGAAAUAGAGAAAAGCAGAAAAGAGGAUCUCACUGAAAUUGUAUCUCAGUUCAAAGCAGAUAAUAUCAAAAAUAUCGAACGUUUAAAUCAUAAUCUUAAUAGAUGUUGUAGAAAACCAAUUGGUGACUAUAAAGCUUACAUCAAGCUAGCUUUAAUUGAUCUAUUAAAUGAUGCAGCUUUUAUUGAAAACCAGAAAGGCCUCAAUCAUUAUUUGCAUACUAUUUGUACAGCGAAAAAAGAUCUAGACAGUCAGCUUAUUAACCUAACUUCAAACUUUAAUUCAACAUUCUCCAGUUCAAUUGAAGAUAAUAGUAUGGGAUUAUUAGAUACUAUCAGUGAAAACAUAAGAUUAGAAAUGAAUAAUGAUCGAACAAAAACUGAUCAUCAAAAGAAAGAAACCAGUAGUGUUUCGAAUAUAUCAGAAGAACAUGUGAAACGAAUUGUUAAAAAUGCCUUAUUAAUAUAUGAUGCAGACAAAACAGGUCUUGUGGAUUAUGCUAUGGAAACUAUGGGUGGACAAAUACUGACCACUAGAUGUACAGAAAAUUAUCACUAUGGAAAAGCAGUUGUAUCAGUUUUGGGUGUUCCUUUAUGGUAUCCUGUGAAUUCUCCAAGAACAAUUAUCACACCUAGUAUAAAUCCAGGCGAAUGUUGGGCAUUUCAAAAUUUUCCCGGUUUUGCAGUCAUAAGGUUAUCAAAACGUAUAAAAGUUGAGGCUUUUUCUCUGGAGCAUAUAAGUAAAUUAUUAGUUCCAAAUGGUGAGAUCGAUUCAGCCCCAAAACAAUUUGAAGUAUAUGGACUGACAGAUCAAGAUGAUAAGGAACCAUUGAAACUGGGAGAAUAUGUUUAUGAAGAUCACAAAGAAUCGUUGCAAUUUUUCCCAGUGCAAAAUGUGGGACAUAUUUUUGAAAUUAUUGAGUUGAGAGUUUUAUCAAAUUGGGGUAAUCCCAAUUAUACAUGUCUCUACAGGUUUAGGGUACAUGGAAAAUCUAAUUUUUAAAAAUUCAUACAGCAACUUUCACUAGAUUGUUUGAUUAACAAAAAAAUUUCCUUCAAUACGUGAGAUCGAUCGUAAGAGAUUAAAUGAGAUAAAAUAUUCUAGUACUUAAGUUAUAAAAUCUGCAUGUUUGUAAUAAAUAGAGUUGGCUCAAACGAUUAUUGUCAUCUUGGAUAUUUUCUGCAAUUCUCAUAUCAGAACUCUUUUUCAUUUUAACAUUUUAUGUAUCGAUAAUUAC